GAGAGGGCGCAAGAUGUCCCCUUCUCUGUCCCCUAGGAGAGGGCGCAAGUUGUCCCCUUCUCUGUCCCCUAGGAGAGGGCGCAAGUUGUCCUCUUCUCUGUCCCCUAGAAGAGGACGCAAGUCUCUGUCUAAAUCCCCUAGGAGAGGACGCAAACUGUCUCCAUCUCCCAGACGAGGGCGGCGGUCUGAGUCCAGGUCACAUGGCUGUGUCAGAAGGUCGAGGACCAGAACACCCCCCCCUCGUCGAGGUAGACGUCCAUGGUCCCGCUCGCCUGUGAGGCAGACUCGCCGUUCACGCUCCAGAUCUAGACGGCUCCAUCGCUCCCGGUCAAUGAGGAGAGGACGGCAUUCCCAGAGCAGCUCCCCGUCUCGCAGAAAGAGGUCCCCCCCAAGGACACGACGGUCCCGGUCUCCGGUCAGGAGAGGUAGGCGGACUCGUUCCCGCUCCGUUGUGAUCCUGAAGAGGAACAGGAAAGGUUCAAGGUCCAAAUCCCCACGGGGCAAGGACAAUAAGUCCCGCUCCCGGAGCCGCAGGAUAUCCAGGUCACCAGUUAAGAAAAUAUGUUCUCGAUCACCGAAGCGGAGCAGGACAAAGUCCAGAUCCCCAGGACGCAGUAAACCAUCAACAUCACGAUCACUAUCGCCGCAUAACCAGUCCAAGUCUCAUACUCCUAAAUCCAAAUCCCAGAAAAUAAACAAGCGUUCAAUGUCAAAAUCACCCACCAGCGACAAAUCCAAGUCUGUCUCAAGCGACAGGCAAUCUGAGAGUGUAUCCCCAGAACGCUCAAGAUCCAGGUCUACUGCCAAGGGCCUAAAGUCUCCAAAAAUGGCUGACAAGCAUACUGCAGACACGACUGUGAAUAAUGAAGCGUCUACUAAGCCUGUUGGGGAAGCUGUAGCUGCAGCAGAGCCCUGGAAGCCCCUCGCUUUGGCUGCUGCCUCCAGAUCUACCACACAGGGCAAGCCAAUGGCUGGGCAUGCUGAAGAGAGCACCUCUGAGAUUCCAUCUGAAGACCAUGACUCUGCAGAAGAGCCAAAGGUGGCAAGAAGCCCAACAAGCUCAUCUGAAGAAGAACCGGAUGAGCAUGCAACGUCCAGGUCUGUUUCACCAGAGACUGUUCCUGCUGAUCGCCGCUCCAGGUCCUCACCUUCUAAAUCUCCCAUUAAGAAGACAUUUUCAAAACAACGGCAGUCCUCAACUUCAGCGUCUCCUAGUAGGAAGUCCCGAUCACCUGCUGGUAGGAAGAUGUCCACCUCUCCCUCAUGGAGGUGCUCCCGGUCCAAGUCCAUCUCUCCCUCUCAGUCCAAGUCUGCCUCCAGAAGGAGACGUUCCAAGUCCCCAGCCAGGAAAAGGAAGUCUGUCUCCCCGCCUACCAGACGGAAGAAGAGGUCUAAGUCCAGAAGUCCGGCCCGGCGCAGGAGAUCACGGUCUAAGUCACCGGUACGGCGCAGGAAGUCACGUUCCAAGUCCAGAGUCAGGACCAAGCGCUCUAAGUCCCGCUCCCCAGCCAGAAGGAAGAGGUCCAAGUCUGCAGACAGGAGCAAACGCUCCAAGUCUCGUUCUCCAGGCCGGAGGAGAAGGUCCCGCUCCGGGUCGCGGCGGCGUCGGCCCGUCAUGCGGAAUCGCUCGUUUGACCGACGCGACCGAUGGAAACGGGAACCAAGCCACUCGCCAAUCCUCAUCCUCCGCAAACGCCGUUCCACAUCUCGAGGCCGCCGCAGUGCCAGCAAGACCCCUCCUCGUCUCACUGAGCUGGACAAAGACCAGCUCCUGGAGAUAGCGAAGGCCAAUGCAGCAGCCAUGUGUGCUAAAGCAGGUGUGCCCAUCCCAGAGAGUCUGAGACCCAAGGCCAUCCUCCAGCUGCCCCUGCCCAACCCAGCCCCAACCCCCCUGAAUCUGCCUCUCCCCCUGCCGUUGCCUCUCAACAUGCCCGGCAUGGGCAUGCCCAAUAUGCCCAAUAUGCCCAACAUGAACAUGCACAUGUCCAACAUGCACAUGCCCAACAUGCACAUGCCCAACAUGCACAUGUCCAACAUGCCCAACAUGCACAUGCCCAACAUGAACAUGCCCAACAUGAACAUGCCCAACAUGAACAUGCCCAACAUGAACAUGCCCAACAUGAACAUGCCCAACAUGAACAUGCCCAACAUGAAUAUGAAUAUGCCCAAUAUGAAUAUGCCUAAUAUGGGCAAUAUGUCCAAUAUGGCCAUGAGUGCUGCCAUGGCCAGUAUGACAGCUGCCACCAUGACUGCAGCCCUCACCAACAUGGCCCAGAUGUCAAACAUGCCCCAGAUGGCCCCCCUCCCCACUAUCACCAACAAGCCCCAGAUGGCCCCCCUCCCCACCAUCACCAACAAGCCCCCUCCUAGCCAGGUUCCCCAAACAACCCUUCCCCCCCUCAACCUGGACCACAUAGAGGAAGUGAAGAGGAAGGUGACUCAGCAGGCCAACAUAUACAGCAUCAAGGAGCUCACUGAGAAAUGUAAGAUGAUAGCGGCGAGUAAAGAGGAGAUGGCCAUAGCGAAGCCACACGUGUCUGAUGAUGAAGAUGAGGACAGGAAGCCACGCGGCAAGAGCUUCCUCAGUUAACUUUUAUUUUGGGCGGAUCACAUGAGGCGAAAGGCUCCCCAUGGAAACAUCACCGGGCGGACAGAAAUGCGGGUUGUUGUGGUUACAGAGAAGGAACAGUGUCAGAUACUGCCAGCCCCUUUUCCCUGGACAAUCAUUCCCUCCCCCAGCCCCUCCCAUCAUGCUCUAGUUGUCUGGGUUUCCACAUGCUUCCAAAGCCACGGUUGGAUUCCAAAGCUACAAAGUAAAAAUUGGCUACAAAAAUUAGCCUUUUGGUCUUCAUUUAGGAUUAGGCAUUAAGUUAGGAGUAUGUUUCAAAUCAAAUUUGAAGAAGAAAUUGUACAAAUGCGUGGGGUUUAGCCAUAAUUAUGACUUCGUGGCUAUGGAAGCUAGUGACGACCCAUUGGACAGAUUGGAGUGUACAGUGUGCUUACUCCUAGCUUCUACACAUUGGUCAGACAGCUGUCUGAACAAUGACUGAAGAUAAAUGAAAGAAGGAACACACUUUCAAAUUUUGUCGACUCUUUCUAAUGUUAAACUUUUUGUGUUUAGUUUUUGUGUUCAGUGAUUAAAUUACCAGCUCACGGUUCCUUUAGUGACAUUUUAACCUGUGAGUGAACUGCUAGGACUGCCCUCAGCGCGCGCACCCACAGACGUCAGUAAUAUGAUGGUCAGCUGUUUUUGUAGUGAUGGGCAGACUGACCAGGUGUCUCCAUUGAGAAGACAAACUGAUCAGGGCUUUGGAGGAUCCACUCAAUGUUUUGUCACUUCUAGUAUUUCUCUAUGGUGUUUUUCUGUUAAAUACCUGAUGUAAUCUUUAGCUAUUUUAAUGACUUAAAAUACAUUUUAGGAUUUCCUUGGUCAGUAGGGUAUUAUUUGGCUGGCUUUGUACAUAAUGUAUUGAUGAUUAUUAAAGGAAACCAGAAAAUUA